AGCAGGAGGGAGGUCAUCGAAGAGAUGAGACCUAAGUACGUAAAAACCUGUGUUUAUCUAUUUGUAGUUAGUCUUAAUCAAUGACGAAGAAUCCUCAAGCAGCAUCAGUUAACCAAUGACAAGCCACAAAGUUGAAACUUAUUAGACAAAACUUGAAAGUCAUUGAGCGAAUUCAUCCGAGAAUGGAGUCUAGAGUGUUGAAGCUGAGUUUUUGUUUUAAUCGCAAAUAUUAAAAGAUGUUUGUCAUUCUGCGCGUCCACUGGAACAAGGACGUGGUCUUGGUCGAUGUCCACCUGAAGAAGCGGCUGAGUCAUUUGCGCUAUCUUUUGAUGAAGGACUACAGGAUUCCUCGGACCAGUAGGCUUCUCGUCUUACAAACCGACGAUGGCGUGCGGGAGCUAGAGGACACUCAGCCGCUAAGCGAGCAAGGCGUCGUUGAUGGAAGCGAUGUACUCGUUCGUGAGGUCCUGCCUCCGGUUGCGGUCGUACGAAAAGACGAGCACAUGCUUCGCAACCAUUAUGAUGAGCGCUGGUAGUGGUGAAACGAUUAUCUCCUAGGCAAGUGUGCGACUCUUGAAAGUACUUAAACCUAAAGCAACAACUUCUUGGCAAGAGAUUGCUCCUUCCUUAGCCGUAGUUACAAGUUUUUGAGUAUCCACUAUUCCUACAUCGACCGACGUUCUAAAUCAAAUUUUUUGCCGGCGCGCCUGCAUCAAGGGGACCGAAAGUCGGGCCAUGGAUGGUUCUUUCAAAAGGGGAAAUGUACGUCGACGACGGAUUCGCUGGUGGAUCGACGCAAUUGGCAUUUCGCUCUGUUGAUCUGAGAAAUUUGCACCGCCCCUUGACAAACGAGGAGGAUGUUGGAACGUACCGACAUGGAGUGAGUGUGAGUAGUACGUUGGCACAUGGUCGUCAGGUGGACACAACGUGGGGCUUCACAACAAGAACUACAGGAGAGGGGGCUGCAGGGUUUCUCACGGGUCCUCAACAUUUAGGAACCUCAAGGCCGGGACUACAUCAUACUGAAGAUCUUUCGAGAGGACGGGAUGACCUUUCAUCUCAAAGAAAAACCACAGGGAAGGUGAAUGUAGUUGUACCAUUAAAGAACGCGUCGUCUACUUCAUCAAUAAAAGCCGCAGCCUUGAAAGUGUCAGAGCUUUUGACGACUCUGCCUCUUCAUUUUGCUAGGCUAGAGAAGCAUUUGGCUCUCCAGCCAGAAGUACUGCAGCAGAUGCUGCACGUGCCCGCGAUGCAAUCUUUGCUAAAUGACCGAGAUUUCCUCCAGAAGGUGAUCGAAUCGAACCCUGCAACGAAAGAGCUACUAGACGCUGAGCCUGCUUUUAGGGCUGCUGUGGUUCAGGAGGGCGUAGGACCACUAGGGAGAUCUUCGCUUAAAGCCGAAUUGUCGGCUUUCGGCCGAUGGAAGCUGGACGCAUCAGAUCAGGGACCACAGGGAACAAAUCACCAGGCAAGUAUAAUCAGUGAUAUUCCUAAUGAUCGACGGGCAGGCAGUCAGAGUCAACACAAGCAAAUACGUGAAGACUUUCGAAAUCCAAGUAUCUUGCAGUCGAAGCUGGCACAAACGGAAGAAUGUAUCCAAAAAGUAAACGCAGCACCAGGAAGUGCGCAGCAUGUGGGUGAACUUUUCAAAAAAUGGAUUGAGCCAUAUUGUGCUGAUAAUAAAUCGUUUGGUGCUCUAGAAGUCGAGGAUCUGUAUGUCGCGUCUACAGCAGGGGCAGCACUAGACGGUCUACUUGGUCAUGGAGCCGGGGACAGAAAUGAUCGAGAUGGAGCUGCGAUUAUGAAGCCGAAAAAUCAAAUGUCAAAGAAUAUAAAUCAUGUUCUUAGUGUUGAGAAAGGGAUGCGUUCAACAAGGCCUCGGAAAUUCGAAGCAUCCAAGCACGGCCUGACGAAGAUCGAAGAAGAAUCAGUUUCUUUGGGUACGACAACUGAUGAAACUGCUGCUGGAGAUCGGCUGGAUGGUAAUGCGGUUGCCAGUCUCCUUCAGGAUCCAAAUUUGCAAGCCUUACUGGCAUCCUACAUGGAAACCACGGAGAGGAGAAGCGCCUUCUGCACGUCGUUUUCAAAUCCGGCAUUCGUUGCUGCCCUAUUCAACCCGACCAAUAUGCAGGCUUUACCCGUCUUGGAAAGCUUUUUUUAUGGACAAGGGAGUCUAGUUUUUUUCUUCCACUUCUUUAGAAGAACUCGAAAGAGCACAAAGAGACAUCUAAAUCUCUGAUCGCUGUUCGUCUCUUCUGACUGGCAAUGUUCUGCUCAGUGGAUCGAUCACACAAUGUAUAAUUGAGUCGUUAAAUUUUAUGUGGCAUAUUAUACGGCAAUACGGGAAGGAAGAUGCUUUGACAACGAACUUCUUUCAUAUUGGGGGCAAGACAUCCCGUUUCGCGGACAGAUUUGGGGACUUUCUGCAGGCAAACGCGCAUAAUCCGGAAAAUGUAUAUCGGUCACAACUCGCUAAGCUGCGAAACACUGGAUUUCACGAUACUGCGGCGAACAUUGCAGCACUAGAAAAGUGUGACGGGAAGGUGCAUCGAGCCAUCGAGAUACUCCUUUUGCAACAGGCGUUUGCGUGAGCCGUCGUAUUUAUAGCCGAGGAUAUUACUUGUUAGACGUCUACUUCGUAGAAACCAAACUGACUAUUGUCACUUGUAGUCGGUUGCAUUUCGAAGAUUCGAAGAGGACCGAGUAGUGCUAGUAUCAUGGUAACAAGCAUUUUUUGAUUCAGAUGAUGAAAGAACGACCCACAAGAAGCGGUGAGAUGCAGUUCUUUGCAGUGCACAGAAAGAAGUAAAUAGCUUUAGCGUUUCCAAGAAUUUGUAGUACUGUCUUUUAUCGUAGCUGCUCGUAACCAAGCACGUAGUUGUAAUUUGAAAGAACAAAACGAGAUGGUGGCGCAUGGUGGUUCGAGAUCUCCCUCGGCUUCGUGCUUAGAUGGGCAGCGUCCCAAAAAUGCACCGAAUUCGAAUCUUAUCGCAUAUGCCUGUCUAUGCUAACUUAAUCUCCAUCUACAACUGCGAGAAAGCAACUUCUCGCUAGUCGUUCCCGGGCAGGAGACAACUUUUUUUGCGGACAGGGGAUGUUUUUGGUAUUGCAGCG